UGUAAAAGAUUUAUCGAUAAAUUUUGUAGUGUGCGCUUCUUGUUAAUUGUGAAAUUCUGUGCCGAUUUUAACGUUAACGAUUCAGCUACGCAUCCGUGGCAAAGAACAAAUUUUCGGUUAAGAAGCAAACAAAAACGCUUUCAACGAUGUCCUUUUCGUUCGGCACACCCACAACGAACCCCGGCCUGGGCGUUGGCGCCGCUGCUCCAGCAACAGGCGCUUUCAGUUUUGGCGCGCGACCGGCCACAAGCGCCCCGCCGCCUGCGUUUGGUGCAGCCACGGCCACAUCGAGUCUGGCCGGAGCAGCGGGUGCUGUGGUGGGCGCUGCUGCGCCGAAUUUUAGUUUUGCGCCCGCAGCUAGUGCCGCGCCAACGCUCAGUUUCGGGUCGCAAGCUGCAGUGGCUCCAGCGGGCACGGGUCUAUCCCUGCCCUCCUUUGGCAGUACCACAUCUGCGUCCCCCUUUGGCGCAGCCAGUGCAGCGCCAGCUUUUGGUGCGACCAACCCAGCGCCAGCUUUUGGUGCGGCCAGCGCUGCGCCUGCUUUUGGAGCAUUCAACGCAGCGCCCGCUUUUGGAACAGCAACUGCUACACCCACAGUUGGCGCUCCCCCCGGUGCGUCCGCCUUUGGUGGGCCUGCAGCGACAUCUGCUUUUGGUGCUCCUCCGACAGCAGCACCUGCAUUUGGGGUGCCCGCAGCUGCACCCGCGUUCGGCGCAGCAACCGCCACCGUGGCGCCCUCCUUCAACUUCUCCACGCCCACGUCAAGCGCGCCGACAACAGCACCACCCGCCUUCGGGUCGACAGCCAUGCCUGCUACGCUGGGCGCAGGCGUUGGCGCGUUCUCCUUUAACAAGCCGCAGGCCACGACCGCAGCCAGCCUGAACUUUAAUACGACCACAACGACGGCCACGGCGCAACCUUUCAAUGCGAAUUUACGCCUGGGCGGGAACAACACCAUGGCGCCUGGGGGUACCGGCGGCAUCUUUGGUAAGCCACUGACGACGGGCACACAACCAACCGCAGCGCCGCCUAUAUUUGUGGGCCUGGGCGGCAUCGAUGUGAGCGCCACGCAGCCCAAGCUGGGUGAUAACAAGCAGGAUGGGAUUAAGAUCAAGGAGACCCAGGUGCCGGAUGAGAUAGCCAAGACCGUGGAUGCGCUGAAGAGCUACAUCAAGCAGCAAAAGACCAUUUCCUCGGACAUUGGACGCACCUCGACCUCCAAGCUUAGCAAUGUGAGUCACGAGAUAACCAAUCUGCGCUGGGUGCUGCAGAACGUGGCCAAUUCGGUGGAUGCGAACAAUCGGCACAUCAAGCAGCUGCGCAGUGAAACGGCCAAGGCAAUACAAUCCCUGGAGAUGGCGCAGCGCACACAGGAUACGCCCGCCGGGCUACAGUUCGAGAAUAGCGCGCCCUUCCAGUACUUUCAGUGCCUGGUGGCCAAGUACGAGGAGGAUCUGAUUGCUUUCCGUCAGCAAAUCCUGCUCACGGAGAGCCACAUGCAUGCCCUGGCCAAUCCGCAAAGCAUUUCGCCGGAUGAUCUCAAGCGCGGCUUUCGCCAGUUAAACGAGUCCUUCAUCUCGCUAGCCGGACGCCUACACGAGCUGCAUCAACGUGUCGAGGAGCAGAAGGAGCACUAUUUGAAUUUGCGCCGGUAUCGAAUGCGCGACGCCACCAAUGUAUUCGCCGAAAUAGACAACCCGGCCGUGCAGCUAUUGGAGCCGCAGCGCAUCAGCAGCGGCCCGACGCCCUUCUCCAACAUCUCGGCGAUGAGCACGCUGAACAAAAGCUAUGCAGCCGCUUCGGCGGCCACGGCCAGCAAUGCGGCUGCCUCUAAAUGAUGGCUGGAUUGGUAGUCGAACGGCAUGUUUGGACACCACGUUUAGGUUUUAGUUGUUACGUUCAAGUCGAGCGGUCAAUAAAGUUAUUUUACAAGAUUA